CCCACUGGGCGGAGAUUUCUCUCUCCCCUGCUCUUCACAGAAUUGUUUUUAUCAAGCCUGCGUCAUUCCGAAUGUUAGUCUGUUUGUUGUUAGUUGCGAUAAAGGUGUUUUUCGUUAUUAGGUCCCUAUCCUAACACCAGACCUAACUUCAGUUGUCUGAGGGAGUUUGUCAUGGAUAUUUUUGCGAUAAAGGAGAGCUUUAUUUUUGCUCGGCUCUUCAACUCCAUUGAACUUUUACAUUCAGCUAUCAUCUGCCGUUUGGGAUAACGUUGAGGAAUUUAAACGGAUCACCACACAGAGAAGAGGUGGGACGAGGAACACUGCUGGUGUUAACCUGGAUAUUAUCCAUCAACAACAGAGCUGCUGAUGUCCAUAUAAAAAGCAAUAAACUUCAGAGAAGGGAAAAAAAAGUACAAAUUGGGUGGUCAUCGUUGUGGCUGGUCACUGAGAUUCUGAGGUAUGGCUUCUAGCCUAACAAGUGCUGGCGUGGUGUGGGCCCUACUCUCCUUCCUGUGUGCGGCGGCCUCUUGCGUGGGUUUCUUCAUGCCCUACUGGCUCCUGGGGUCCCAGAUGGGUAAACCAGUCUCCUUCGGGACCUUCCGGAGGUGCUCGUACCCGGUGCGUGAUGAGGCUCGCCAGGCCACGGUGAUGCUGGAGCAGUGUGGACGCUACGCCUCGUUCCAGGGCAUCCCUAGUCUGGAAUGGAGGAUUUGUACGGUGAUAAUCGGGUUGGGCUGUGGCCUGUUGCUCCUGGUGGCACUCACGGCCCUCAUGGGAUUCUGUUUGUCUGAUCUCAUCUCCAGGACCAUUGGACGCGUGGCUGGGGGCAUCCAGUUUUUUGGGGCGUUGCUGAUUGGGUCGGGGUGUGCGCUCUACCCUCUAGGUUGGGACAGUGACGAAGUUCGACAGACCUGCAGCAAUAGAUCCAACCAGUUUGAGCUUGGUUCUUGUGAGAUUGGCUGGGCGUUCUACUGUACCGGAGCAGGGGCAUCAGCAGCCAUGAUGUUAUGCACCUGGAUGGCCUGCUUCGCUGGGAAGAGACAGAAGCAGUACCCCUACUGAUGUCAUCAAGGCGGGACAGCCACAGAGACCAUGAUGUUAUGCACCUGGAUGGCCUGCUUCGCUGGGAAGAGACGGAAGCAGUACCCCCUGCUGAUGUCAUCAAGGCGGGACAGCCACAUGAUGACCACCUCCCCCAAUACCCGUCAUCACUGGCAAUUGAAGAGACUCAGAGCAAAGGAUAAUAUCAGGGGGACAGUGUCUAUGGGCGCGUUCGACAUUGCAGUUGACUUUAAAGGCGAGUCGAGACUGAUCUACAAAUCACCAUCAUAAAUAACUACUCAAUAUUAUUUGUAGAUCAGUCAGUCACUAUUUACCCAUGGAACAUCACAAUUUUGAUGCUCUUGAACACGGCCUGUAUGCCAUAGGCUAGUUAUGCACUCUGUCAUCAUAAUUGAAGCAGAGCGGACUACCUUGUGGUGCAUUUGGUACUGAGGCAGAAAAUAAUAUAACACAACACAAUACAUUCGCAAUUACACUCCAUUGUCCAACAGAGCAUUUCAAAAGAGUGGAGUCUACAUACUUUGUAUUCAUUGACAGCAAGAACAACAUCUGUUUCUGUCUCUAUUUUCCUUGGGUUGUAUGGUUGCUUCUCUAUUCCUCCUCCUAUUCUAUUCUGUCAUGUCCCUGUACUAUAACUUUGUGGUAACUGGCACAACCAGUGGUAAAGAUAUAUUAAAUUACUAUACUUUUGAUAUUACUUAUUGUAUUUUACAUCCUGUAUUUAAUAAAUAUGUUAUGUACUCCCACUUUGGCCUAGUAUUGCCUUAAAGACCUGUAAAAAGCGAAUUCUCAUGGCGUCGAUAUGAGUCCGAAACAUUUAUUGUAGCGUCAAAAUGUACUACUAAGUGUAAAUUGGAUAAUUUUGGUCAUAAAGUCAGUCUUGUCCAAAAGGGAGAUUUAUAGGAAAGCUUGUAUGUCACAUAAUGAAGGGUAACGUAAGAGUUUUCCUUGGGUUGGGUUUAUUUAAAUCCUGCCCACAGCUGGCAGCACCCAAGUAAUCAUCAAUUUGGAGCGCAGCUGCACGCAACCUGAUGCAAUGUUCAAUUUGGUUUGGCAUUCAAUAUCCCUCUGGGGCUGUUUAGGGACCAUCAGCAAAUUACACAAUGUACCUUGGACUAUAUUUUAAAAGGUCCAAAUUUCAAUGACUUAAAAAUCUCAAACCAACUAUAAAUUGGAGAAAUUCAUAUACAAAUAUUGAAAGCUAAAAUAUGUGCAACAUGACAAUAUUGAACCAUACAUUGUGUCAUUUAUUUGUCCCUAACUAGAGCCAGAGAUAAGCUAUCCAAUGUCAAACCAUGUCAAACAACUUUGUCACUGUGUUACACCAGUGAGCUGUAGCUAAUUGGUGAAAUAAGUUUGCUUGCACUAGCUGUUUCAAGUUAUCUAGAAGGUUGAGUGACUGUGUACUGUUGUGGCAGAGUGAUUAUCACCCACAUUAAACCACCACUCCAAAACAACUCUUGUUUUGGCUUCAGUCAUGACUGCUGCAUUUCUUAAUGUCCAAACCGAAUAACGAGGCCAAAGGUUCAGCACCCCUUUAAAUAUAUAAACCCUUACUGGUAUCUUGCAAUCAUUUUUAACUGUUAUGUCAGUAACUAUUUACAGUAUAGCUAUAAAACAGGGAAUGUUGAAGUCCCUGAAUGUAUGUCUGUCAUAUGUUUGUGUUUUUGUGUGUGUAUGAUGUACAGUAUAUUGCAUUAUAUAACAUUACAUUUGAAUGAAACACAAUAGAUUUGACCCUGUAAAUGAAUUGUUACUUUAAAUAGUCUUAAUAAAUAUUCACAAACCUUUCAGAAGUGGAGAAGUUCUAAAGCUAG